AUGAUGUCAUCGUUAUUUUUAUAUUGUAUUCUUCUUUGGUCAAUUGUUGGGAUUUUCGGUUCACCCACCAACUCACUAAAAGAUCAAGGGCGUGCUUUGUUUCAAUUUGGAAGAAUAAUCAGUCAUAUUACUGAUCGUAAUCCGCUUGAUUAUAAUGGUUAUGGAUGUCACUGUGGUUCGGGUAGUAAAGGUUCCAAGGUAGUUGAUGCUGCUGAUCAAUGUUGUGUUGCUCAUGAUUAUUGUUACAAUAGUGCAUGGUACGAUUAUGAUUUUGUUACAAACGAUAUUCUAUGUACUGAUGGAUUAGGAACAGUUGAUCGUGCAGCAUGUGAAUGUGAUAGGCAAGCAGCAUUGUGCUUUCGCUCCUCACCUUAUAACCCAGCUUAUAAGGACUACCCAGCAAAUCAAUGUUAA